UGGGACACCCAGGCCCCUGUGAAAUUUUCAUGAGACAGUGUCUCACUAUGUAUCUGGUUUGAAACUAGCUAUGUAGGCCUAGCUGGCCUUGAACUCAAGAGAUCCGAAGCUCUGGGAUUAAAAGUAUGCAUCACCAUGCACUUCAUUUCUAAAUGUAGUAUUUAUUUGGAUUCGUGGGACUUCACGGUGUGCUAUUUGUUGGAUGUCACAACGAAGGAUAAACAAAAUUAACGAACGAACGUUUGAUUUUCUUGUAAUACACCAUUUCGUUACAUGGUUAUCAACAAUAGCUCAAGUUGGCACUUUAAAUUGAUCACAUCUUUAUGAGAGAGGAGAAAAAAGCUUACUGGAAUGCCGGGCAUAGCGACACACGCCUUUAAUCCCAGAACUCGUGAGGCAGAGGCAGGCGAAUAUCCGAAUUGCAGGACAAUCCGGACUGCAUUAUUAAACCCUGUCUCAAAAACAAACAACAAACAAAAAAUAGAUACUGGAGAUGUGAUGCAACGAUAAACAGUAAAAACACUAGAGGUUCCUUGAGUUCUAUGGACAGCACCACCGAGAGAGAGGAAAAGUAUUUUGGUAGGGUGACUCUUGUGAGCAGCAGAGUUCCGUGGGCUCUUCCUAAGCACCACCCAGCGGCCAGGGAAGUAGUUACUCGGGUUAGCAGACUAGAACGCUGUCACUUCGAGGCCCGGAGGGCUUGUCUGCUCCGCCCUGCCGCUCCGGCGGGCUCCUGCGAACCGCAGGCCUACAGACGCCCUGCGCUGCGGGAAGUGGCCGGAGGCUGGCGCCCAGCCCGCCCUUCCUCGCGCAGGCGCGUCCUCGGGCGCCCGCCCAGCUAGGUUCCCGUCGGGCCUUCGCUCGCGGCGACGCGGCGCUGCUGGUGACGUCACGAGCCCCGGGCGCUCUCAUUGGUCCAUUUCAAUAGUCGCGGGCUACUUGAACUGCACGAACAGCCGGCGGCCGGCGCGCUGCUCGCGGCACCUGGGCUCUAGCUCCUCCCGCCCGCCCGCAGCGCCAGCUCCGCGCGUCGGCCGCCAGGGUCCCGCGCAGCCUGGGAGCUGCGGGCGCAGUGCACGCUCUGCCGCCGACUGAUCCCGACCGGAGCCGCAAUGCCGGGCAGCUCGAGACAGUCGGGUCGCGAGGGGGGCUCGGCCCUGCUCUCGUUGCAGCAGGAAGACCAGGAGAAUGUCAACCCCGAGAAGAGGGCGCCAGCCCAGCAGCCGCGGGCGCAGGCGGCGCUGAAGGCCGGGAACGCGCGGGGAAACGCGCCGCAGCAAAGACUCAAGACUCGGCGGGUCGCGCCACUUAAGGACCUUCCUAUAAAUGAUGAACAUGUCGCUGUUGGUCCUUCUUGGAAAGCAAACAGUAAACAGCCUACCUUUACUAUUCAUGUGGAUGAACCAGAAGAGACCCAGAAGAGGCCAGCUGAGCAUAAAGAAACACAGUGUGAAGAUGUCCUGGCUUUCAAUGCAGCGGUCUCUUUACCUGGAGCAAGAAAACCACUGGUACCUCUUGAUUAUCCAAUGGAUGGUAGUUUUGAAUCACCACAUGCUAUGGAUAUGUCUAUUGUCUUAGAAGACGAAAAGCCGGUGAGUGUUAAUGAAGUACCCGACUAUCAUGAAGAUAUUCACACAUACCUUAGGGAAAUGGAGGUUAAAUGUAAACCUAAAGUGGGUUAUAUGAAGAAGCAGCCAGACAUCACUAACAGUAUGCGGGCCAUCCUUGUGGACUGGCUAGUUGAAGUGGGAGAAGAAUAUAAAUUACAGAAUGAGACCUUGCAUUUGGCUGUGAACUACAUUGAUCGGUUCCUUUCUUCCAUGUCUGUGCUAAGAGGGAAGCUUCAGCUCGUGGGCACUGCUGCUAUGCUGCUAGCUUCAAAGUUUGAAGAAAUAUACCCCCCAGAAGUAGCAGAGUUUGUGUAUAUUACAGACGAUACCUAUUCCAAGAAGCAGGUUCUGAGAAUGGAGCACCUAGUAUUGAAAGUCCUUACUUUUGACUUAGCUGCACCAACAAUAAAUCAGUUUCUUACCCAAUACUUCCUGCACCAGCAGCCUGCAAACUGCAAAGUUGAAAGCUUAGCAAUGUUUUUGGGAGAAUUAAGUUUGAUAGAUGCUGAUCCAUAUCUAAAGUAUUUGCCAUCACUUAUUGCUGGAGCUGCCUUUCACUUAGCACUCUAUACAGUCACAGGAUAA